AUGGCACUCAGUCUAUCCGAAGCUCGCCGACGGCAGGCCUCCGAACGGCGAUACGUGUCAGGCGUUCAACCUGGAAGGCAGCGGGUUGUAUCUACAGCGAGCGCUCCUGGCUCCAGGAACAAGCAUCAAUCCAUCGGGAGCGUGGCGCAGUAUCUCCAGGCACAGAGGACACCUUCCGCGCGCAGUGCAGGUGCACAGACGCCCAAGCUAUCGACGGAUAACAGAAGGGCUUCGCAGGUCGGCACGCCAGAGGUACCGAUUGGCGAUGAGAACAGUCUUGCAGAUGAUUUUGACCAAGAGGUUUCUGACGCGACGAAGGCCAGAGUGGAGAAAGCGAGAGUGUUUUUUGAGCUAGCAUAUGAGCACCGGAGGCUGCUAUCCCAUCUACCACCCAUACGCCGGCCUGGCACUGACGUGAACCCUGGAGAUCCUGACAAGCAGAGCAAGGCGUACAAUCCGUUGCAGUAUAUCCGAAAUCGCAAACUGAGAAUUUGGGAUAAGACUACCAUCGAUGCGGAGGCUGAAGGUUGGCAUGACGUGGAGAAGGUUCGCUCCUGGGUCAAUGCGGUCAUUGAGAGCCAUACCGAAACUCGGCAUGAUCCUGCACAGGUUGUGAGACUCCCGCCACUGGCGAAGAGUGACGGGAGCUCCGAUAGUCGGGAGGCAUCUCAGCACGGCUCAAAAGAGAGCCAACAGGGCCAAGGCCGUCAUGAUCAUCAGCUCAUUCGGCCGCGCCGGCCUCGAUCGGAUUGGGUCACGCAUCCAGGAGAUAUUAUCGGCGACUGCUUUUGGCUGGAACAAGGUAUGAACAAACUGAAAAUUCAGGACCGGGACAACAACAACAUCUACCCUCCAAACACGCAGUUCAUGUUCUCUGGCUGGCGGAAUAGGACUCCAGCUCAUGUACCAGAGGGCCUCCGACAGCCAUCCCCACCGCCAGAACCCGAAGAUCCAAUGGAGGAAGAAGCACACGAGCCUUUGCAUCCUGUCUCGGAGCUCCCGACUUUCCGUUCUGCACAUCAGCACGCAUUUGGUCAAGGUGGUUCGCGUCGGAAGCGGAACAAGAUCAAAGACUCGAUUGCUGCGGCAGAUGAUAGGGGUCUCACGAAAGGCAUCAAAGUCUUUAUGGAAGACUCAGACUCAAAUAGUUCGGGACGCUCUUCUAGAUCGGAAAGCCCUGGCGCGGAAAGGGGUAGGAAACGUCUAAGGAAGCGGCAGAAACAGGAGCUUGAUAUCUCUCCUGGCCAACUGCCCCCUCCGCCGCCUCCAAGACAUCCGGCUCCAGUGGAUCCAACGCAUGCAAGCGACCAGAGUUUGCCGUCAUCGAAGCAGAACUCCAAACGAACAUCUGUCGACCACGGUACAUCACUGGGAAGGUUCUUGAAGCGGGAAUCCCAUCCCAAGAAUCCUACCCCAGUUUCCAGGUCAAUGACACGAGCAGAGCAUAGGCGUCAAGAGUCAGCUUUCAAGUUCCCUGGGCUCGAUGAAAGGCCGCGAAGCUCGGGUGAGUACGAUAGUACCGCACCUAACUCACCAGUUCAUCCAAGGUGGCCGAGCAUCGCCAUCAACCUGGAUUCGCCACCACACAGCAGAUCACCCUCACCAUCGAAAAGACAUAUUCCUUCGAUUCUGAAGCCUUUGCAUCGGCACCACAAAAAUGAGUCGGUGCAAGAGAAGGAUUUUGGGGACAACUCAAAACGAUCCUCUGUCGCUGUGGGUACUGGAGAAGAAGGCCUGAGAGAUGGUUCUAGAGACCUAUCACGUGGAACUAGCCCGAUGACGCGAGGGGAGAGCCCGACGACGAAGAAGGAUACACAUGCAGCCGUUGCUCCGCCUGCUUCUGAGCAUACCGGAAUGAGCAAAGUGAACACAAAGUCUACUGCAGCUUCGAGCGACCAUUCCAAGAUCAGGGGCAUCUUCAAAGGCGGUCGCAUCGCUGAGAUUGUGGGCCAUGAAGUGUCCCGGGUUGGCGACUUCAUCUGGAAAAAGGAUGCGCCUGCACCUUAUAAGCGCAGGGACUCGGAGCUCAGUGGAAAGUCUGGCUAUGAGUCCGACGGAGAGGACGAGCCUGUAAACGGGACUGUGAUUAAGACGCCGCCAGGUCCAAAGAUCCGGUCGCGCUCAUCUACCUUGUCGAGUACGAAGAGUGACACUUCUCCGGUCGUGUCGAACAAGAGUCCUGUUGGAUCUGGCGGCCGCCCCAAGUACAAUAACCCCAACCUUCCGAGCUUUACAUCACCUUUCGACCGAGAUCGAGAAGAUCAGCAGAGGAAGCAGGCAAUGCUCACGCCACCUACAUCGGACUCUCACGACCACAUAUCUCGUCUUGCAGCCGAGCAUCGUUCUGCUUCCAGGUCUCCACGGCUAGACCGUCUCGCUCCUCCUAGGCUGGAUACCGGAGACCGCUCUCGCAGCCCUAAUCGCCUGGAACACUGGAACAGCAACGUUUCUGGUGCAGCCCUCAACCUGACGCCGUCACAAAGUGCUUCUGACAAAUUGAAUACGGCACUCACGGACGGUGCCUCGCCUGGUCUCGCCGCUGUGAAGAGCCGGCACUCGGCGAUAGAUAUUUCUCGUAUCAGCACGCACGAUCUCGACCAUGAGUCUCCGUACGUCACCUGGCGUGACAUUCAGCGCGCGGGCGCUUUCAUAUUGUCAUCGGCGGUCAAGGCCAAGGAGAUCUGUCGUCGAGCCGACGAGCCACGGCAGAUGCCCUCGUUUAUGGCAGACGCAAUCAGCAACGGCGACAAGCCGGCGACUGACCUCGCGAUGGUGGCACGCAAGCAGGAGCACGUCAUUGCUGCACGAAGCAUUAUGCACCAGAUCACGGAGCAGGCUGGCAACUUCGACGAGUCGCUCAAGCACUUCACGGGUAUGCUUGCGCCGCAGCUGCAUCGCCAAUUGCAGGAGCUCGAGGAUCUGGUGGACAAUCAGAUGACGCCACGGGUGCGCAACAGUGCCGACGAGGCAGGGGAGCUCAGCAUGAAGCUGAGCACGACGAGCACGAUGGCGAUCAAGGGUGUCAACGAGGCGAUCGAUCAGGCGAUGAUGCGAAGACGUCGGGGCCCGGUGCGGUGGGUGCGUCGGGCGUGGUACGCGAGCAUCGAAUAUACGGUGGUGGGGCUUUUGUGGGCCAUCUGGGCGGGGGUGAGUGUGGUCAGAGUUCUCUUGUUGAUCAUCACGGGGACGACGAGGACGGCGCGGUGGAUGCUGUGGUUGGACUGA